AUGAUUGAACCCAUGGAAGCUUAUGAGAUCAAAAGGUCAGAUACUAUAGUGGGAAGAGAAACAGAGGGAGGACAAAGUUUUUACCAGGACAGAGCCUUGGAAGUUAGGCAGAAUAACCUGGAUGAAGAUCCAGCAAAAGAGACUGAGGAGCGGUCGGAUAUGGAGGAGGAAAACCAGGAGAGAACAAAGGCCCAGAGACCUCUUGGGGCUCAGAUUUUUAUAAAGUUUAAGACAAAGAGCCAGCUGGCACCAAAGGUGAGUGAGAAGGUUGGAGGAGCAGAAGGAACCAAAUUAGACGAUGACUUCAAAGAAAUGGAAAGGAAAGUGGAUGUCACCAGCAGGGCUGUGAUGGAAAUAAUGACCAAAACAAUUGAAUAUCUUCAACCCAAUCCAGCUUCUAGAGCUAAACUCAGCAUGAUUAACACAAUGUCCAAGAUCCGAGGUCAGGAGAAAGGACCGGGUUAUCCCCAGGCUGAGGCCCUGCUUGCAGAAGCCAUGCUGAAGUUUGGAAGAGAACUUGGAGAUGAAUGCAACUUUGGCCCAGCCCUUGGUGAUGUUGGGGAGGCCAUGAGGGAACUUUCAGAGGUGAAAGAUUCUUUGGACAUGGAAGUAAAACAAAAUUUCAUCGAUCCUCUCCAGAACCUCCAUGAUAAGGACCUAAGGGAAAUACAGCAUCAUCUAAAGAAGUUGGAGGGUCGACGCCUAGACUUUGAUUACAAGAAGAAAAGGCAAGGCAAGAUUCCAGAUGAGGAGCUUCGCCAAGCUCUAGAGAAAUUUGAUGAGUCUAAAGAAAUUGCUGAGUCAAGCAUGUUCAACCUCCUGGAAAUGGAUAUUGAACAGGUGAGCCAGCUCUCUGCUCUGGUACAAGCCCAGCUGGAGUACCACAAGCAGGCUUCCCAGAUUCUGCAGCAAGUUACUGUCAGGCUUGAGGAAAGGAUAAGAGAAGCUUCAUCUCAGCCUAGAAGAGAGUAUCAGCCUAAACCUCGCAUGAGCCUGGAGUUUUCAUCUGGAGACAAUACUCAACAUAAUGGAGGCCUGUCCCAUACUAGCACUCCUAAACCAACAGGUGUCCCAAUGGAUCAGCCCUGCUGCCGAGCUCUGUAUGACUUUGAACCUGAAAAUGAAGGCGAGCUAGGUUUUAAGGAGGGUGAUGUCAUUACCCUCACCAACCAGAUUGAUGAGAACUGGUAUGAGGGGAUGCUCCAUGGUCAGUCAGGCUUCUUCCCUAUCAAUUAUGUGGAGAUUCUGGUUGCUCUGCCUCAUUAGAAUGUCUUGUUGGCUGGCUCACCAACUCUUGGCCCAGGUAGUUCAGUUUAAUGCCACUGCUUUGGAAAUGCUGCUUUAAGCACCUCCCAAGUACAAGCCGCAGUGGUCAAUGUCACCCAGUCCCACUGAGCAUCUUUGGUUCCCAUUGGCUGCCCUGCUCUGGCCGUGGUGAUGGACGAUAUCUUCCUGCACAGUGAAUGGCAUGUGCUUCCUGCUUGCCAAACUAGACCAGUCCAUGGUCACAGCCAGCAGCUGUUUACACACUUUAGGGAGAUGUCUCCCUGAGAAUUGACCAGGUGGCUCAAUGCAGUCAGUCCAGCCUCAUGAAGAUAACGUCUAUCACCUUGAGGUCAUUUUCAAGCCUCUGCUCUCCAUACCAAGAGAGAAGUGUUCUUGCCACUCUGUGUCCCCCUCCCCAGAAUCCCCAGCUCACUAAGCUGUCUGAUACUGCCUCACCAGCACAGUCUUCUGAUCAGAAUGAAUAGUCUUGAGAUGUGGUCAGUGAGAAGGGUACAAUGGAAAUUCAAAGGCUUCUCUGAAAACCGACUGUCUUUUGCAAUCAUUUAUACCCUCUACUGACACACCACUAGUUUCCUCUCUCUUUCUGUAAAAGAAAAGCCCCAUUUGAUUUCUGAGGAAAAGAUGCCCACAGAUGAGAAAAGAUGUCCUUGCAGAAACAUUCUGCAAGGAAUCAAAAAGGGGACUUAGGCUACCAAAUCCAAUGUGCUUGCUCUGCAGAAAUAAUGCAUGAGAUCAUAAUGUUUCUACAGGAUAGCUGGGCACAGAGCUGGCACAGAAGGGAAGAGGAAGGAGGGCAGGAAGGGGAGAUGCAAUUUUAUUCUUGUGUGUUCCUUGUGAUACUUUGGCACAGACACAAAUAAGAAAAGCACCAGGAAUUAUUUAUCUCCUAUUCAUAGACCAAGAAAUCAGUCUACUCUGUUUUUUCUCUUUCCACUGUCCCCUUGUAUUCUUUGAACACCCGUUGUGCAUAUUCUGCCCUCAAUGAGGACUAAAUAAUGAUUUUUUUUGUGUGUGCUGAGCAGUUCAAGGUAUGUGGCUCCAGUCAGCUCUCUUCCUCCCCUUCUCUUCUGGCCUCAUUGUGUGUGUACAGUGCUGUGUGUAGCUUUAUUGGCAUUCUUUUUGUAAUGGUUGUAAGAGUCCUCUUAGUUGAGUUCCUCAGAGUUCUAUUUAUCUAAACUGUACAGCCCCUUUGAGAGAUUUAAUGUGCCGCUUUGGAUGUGCCAUGUCCAUCCUGGAUCAUGUGAAAUGAAAGACCAGCUCCUCUUGCUUCAUGUAUAAACUAUCAAAGAAAGCAUUGCUGUCUCCAAUAAACGAUGCAGACAGACAAAUCAGAAGA